CGUAGCGCGGGCGUGUGCUCGCUACAUAAUCUAUUGUCCAGACCUCACAAUCGCGGGAUAAAUAUAGCACCCGCGCACAUGCAAUGAUCCUCCUCGCACGUCACACACAGCUAACGGGCGCUAUGUACGGUACGCGUAGGAGAAUUUUUUCUUCACGCUGCUGCUGUGUCUGGUUUGGUCUGCGCGUAACGGAAAACGUGCAUGUUGUGCGUGCGUGCUGCGUGCUUAUAGGAUGCUGCAGUGCGACGGUCAGGCGUUCAGCCAACCACACUCGACGUAUGUCAGCAUUGGCGGGCGGGCUGGCUGGCUACGGAAUGGCGGGCGAGGAACGUUCCCCCCGUACUGGAAGGGCGAAAUUCGCAUGAGGCUGGCUGGGAGUAUGCUUGAAGAAGCACUCGUGGCAUAUUGAACGCACAAUCGCACUCUGAAUUGGCACUGAAGAGGUUUUCUUUUGGAGUCUUUCCAAUUUGAAAUAUUGUAUCUUCUAGC